UACAAAAUGUCACAAAACCCAAGGCAGGUAUAAGGAAUUGGCAUACCAAAGGCUGACCACGGCUGGUGCAUGGGUACAUGAACCACGCACCAUGCAAACGAGGCCACUACCUCACUCUGCACAAAAUGUAUAACCGCAAAGGGCAAUCCAUUAACAAUCAUGCCGUCUUACAACCGCACAGCAGGCCUCAUUACUCUGGCGUGGAGAUUUUUUCUACAGAUCCCAUCUAUUUUUUCCUUCCCUUUGUUGUAUUCUGCCAAGCUUAAAUCUUUCAGCUAUAGGAUUGAGAUCGAGCAGUGUUAGCUGACGAUGGCAGGUGAAAAAAUGGCGGGUUAAUGUUGGAAUGGCAGACUUCCAGUCCGGCAGUGGCCACAGGCUUCAUUUGGAGCACAUGGGAGGUGGCCCUCCUCUGUUGGUGGAAGCGCCAUCCUGUGAGAAACCCAUUUCCAUUUCAUCUCUGGUAGGCUUGGAGGGUGACAGGACCUCUUCCUACCUUGGCAGCUUCAACAGAGAGGGAUGGGAGGAUGCAACAGCAAUACCAUUCUACAGCCACUCCACAGAGCUAGAUGGAAGAAGGCAUUCAGCUUCCAUAAGCAACAAUGGAGGUGCCUACUGUUGUGCUCUCACCACCCAUACCCACUUGCCCACUUUGACAUCAGGGAGAGCUUUUUCUACUACUAGUACUACAUCUACACCUGUGUCUACACCUAACUCUUGUCUCGAGUCUGCCAUUCGUCCUGUUAUACCUGAUAACUCAUGUGACAGUGAAAAUCCUUCUUCCAACUGCCUUAACAUAGCGCAUCCUUCACCAGAGGACUCAAGUGUGAACAAUGCUGUAAAUGAGUCGUCUGUGAAUGUGACCGACCUUUGGGCUGAACUUGAAAGAGAGCGGCAGAAGAAUGCAGAGUUGUCAGAGAAAAUAUCUUCUUUGGAAGCACAGUUACAACCAAGUGAUAAAGAUUCUUUAGACUCAUCUGUGCAGGAUGCCUCCCACAGGAUGUUAGAAAACAGCAGCAAGAAACUUAAGAGAGCGAGGAAAGGACAGAGAACUGAUCAACAGGAGGAUGCAAAAACUCAAACGGUAUUAAAUAUAGUUUCAAAGGUCAUGAGAGAAAAUUUACAUACAGUUUCCGAAGUAAACGUGCAACAUAAUACCAUUGUGAAUUGGAUAAGCCCAGAGAAAGUGCAGGUUUCAGGCUUCAAUAAAAUUAAGUAUGAUGAUUCUGCUAUGGAUGAAUGUGUUGAUAGUGAUGAAAGUGAUGAAGAAGACGAUGACGCUGAUGAAGAUAAUGAGGAUGAAGUUGAAGACAAGAACACAGAAGGAAAAUUCUCAGGAAAGAAACUGGUAAUGAAUUAUGACAAAUGUGUGGGUACUGAAAUGGUAUUUCAAGAACCAGAGCAAUUGUCUAUGGUAUUAGAUGAUGGUAAAAAUCUGGUUGUAAAGGUAGAGAUAAAAAAUAACCAAAAUGAAGGAUCCCUGGCAAACAAAGAUGAUGUUAAUGGAAGUGAUAUAAGUGUAAAAGGGAGGAUUAAAAAAACAAAAGUACGGAUGAAAAAUAAAAGGUAUAGGUUGUUAGAUGUCAAGAAAUUGUCUAGCCAUGAAAUUGGACCUGUAAGAAGUUCAAGUAAUGUUUUGUCUUACAAAAAGUUUCCAAAAAUGGCUUUUUGCCCAGAGGAGGUCAAGAGGAUAAUGGAAUCAGGUUUACUUGCAGUGAAAAAUGCACAGUCCCAUACAAUACGAAAAAUUAUAGUGUUUUCUUCUCUUGGAAUAAGACAUGGAUGUGAAGAUAUGUAUGAAUUGGACUUCAAUUGUUUCAGUAUUCUAAGGAGAGGAGAACCUUAUGCAUCUCAACAAGAUCCUGGGGAGCAUGUAUUGUAUGAGCAGCCUGGUAUGCGGAGAAAGAUAUUCUUUCCCAACCGACAGAAUCCAAUCCUGUGUCCCGUACAGAUACUUGAAGAGGAGAAGGCAAUGCGUCCUUCUGAUUCAAGUUGUCCAUCAUGCUUGUUUCUUUGCAUUAAAUAUGGUGGCAGGACAAGGAAUCUUCCUCAGAAUGAGUAUGUUAGACAACGCAUGGGGAGGAAUAAACUUAAAUCUUUUGGGCCUUUGAUAUGUCAAAUGGCAUUACUAGUUCAUAUAAGAACUGGGAGCUUUUUUUUUAAGGCCUUGGGCAUUACACUUCUCUUCAUGGCUGGAUUUCCAAAUGAUUUUAUUCAGAAAGAAACUAAGUAUCAUAACUUGGAUUUGCUUCAGAAGUAUUACAGGUCAGAUGAAGAUACGGAAGGGGAGGAACUGUUUCAUACAUACCCAAUAUUAUAUGCAACACAGGCUAUGACAAAUGCACCUUCACUGCAAGGAAAAAGAGUUUCAGGACAAGGCAAAUUAUCUGGAAAGAAAAAACCUCCUUUGCUCCUUAGCAAACCUCAGAUGCCACAGAAAAUUUACAUGCCUUCUAUUUCAGCAAGGUCCAUGUCAACACGGUUUGGGCUUGUAGGCUUCCCUACUUUUCCAGUGACUACUGGAGCUGCUCUUCCUUCACUACCACAUCACACAUUUCCUUCUGCAUCUGCCUCCUCCAAUAUUGCUAUAACCUCAAGCACUGCAUUUCGCAAUAGUCCAUUUCCCCCUCUGCCACCUUAUGCUAUUUUCACCCCUUUUGCUGUUCAGCGCCCACCUAAUGGGGUUUUGUCUAUGCCUAUGUGGCACAAUGUAAAUUCAUAUCCUAAGAAUAUGUAUCCGUACUCUUCAUACGGAUGCCAAUCCAUUCCACCUUUGUAUGGGUUUCAUCGUUCACACCCUUAUUACAAUCAUUCCUUUUUUUCCUCAUUCCCUUCUGAUGUGAAGGAAGGGAUGGGCAAGCACGAUGAAUUAAAUGAGUCCAACAGUGAUUUAGAUGGUAGUUCAAGUGAAGCAGAUGAAAAAUGCAACCAAUCUAAUAGCUCUGAUGAAAAGGUUAUGUAGAAUGUUAAAUUGAUCCUUACGAACAAGGGCUGACUUUGUUGUGCAAACUGAAUUUUUAUGGAACAGUUACCUCCUAGAGAUGAAAUGGUCAAAAAUUCCAGUCAGCAGCUUCUGUAAUUAGUUGGAUGUAAAAAAUCUCACACGUGAACACAGGAACAUGAUCUCUUCCUCUCUUAUCAAUGUGUUCUCAAAUUAUUAAUUAUAGCCAUGAUUUUACUGAAAAGAAGUGUUUUUCAUGUUAAAUUGGUAAUGUUGUGAGUAUUAUCCUUAGCCAUAUACACCUGUUUCAUAUGCCAAUGUUUUACAGAUGCUUAUUUUUUG